UGAAACUAAAACUGAAAAAAGUGCAGAUCGAUUUUAAAUAAGUCUCAAUUGAGCCCGUUCCAAUGAUUGAAUGAUUGUUGUGCCGCGAAUUAAACUUCGGUGGUUUUAAAAGUUUUCGCAGCCAGUAGCUGCAGUGUUGCACGACUCGACACUCUCGGCGUUGUACGCAUUUGACGGCUUUUGACGGAGCGUUUAUAUUUUUACGCGCAACUCUCGAAGUCGACGCUGGUUCGAAGUGGAAAUCAAAAAGCGCCGAACGACAUCGCCUCCAAUACAAUAUGAGUCCCCUUCUGGUCUUCUUCCUCUAUAUCAUUCAGUUGCAGGCAGCAAUUCGAAGUGAAAUUAUCGAAACUCCAAAUCUAAAUUUGAACACUAUUUCCGAUUCUGAAGACGACGAUAUACAAAGUAGUGACUCCCUAGAGCGAAAAAGCACCACCACCACCACCACCACUGUGGAUCCACUUGAUCUACCUUACGUGAAGACUACUCGCGAUCAAACAGAAGUAGAGUUUCGUUAUCCGAUUGCAUCAUUGAACAUUGAUUACUCGAAGAAUUUAAUUAUAUUGAAAUUCCGCAAAUCCGCAAAAGCCGAUGAAGAAGAAGCGAGGCGUCGAAAAUCGCUCGAUGAAAAUUUUAUGCGCUUCGGACGCGCGAACUCGGACUUCAUGCGCUUUGGUCGCGAUGCUGCCGAUUUCAUGCGCUUUGGGCGCAGUCCUUCGGAUUUCAUGCGCUUCGGCAAGCGAUCCCUUGAGCAGAUACCAAAAGUGAACAGCCUUGAUCAUGAGUACAAUUACGAUAAGGAUGCCGAUACGAGUCGCCGAUUUGAGCGCAGCCAGGAGGCUAUACGCGACUCGCGUGGCGACAAUUUCAUGCGAUUCGGGCGACCAGCUGAGGACUUUAUGCGCUUCGGACGCAGUAGCAGCAACGAUUUCUUACGUUUCGGACGUGCUUCCGGCGAUUUCAUGCGCUUCGGCCGAAAUCCCUCGGAUUUUAUGCGCUUUGGACGCGGCGGUUCUGAUGACUUCAUGCGAUUCGGUCGCAGUCCCGACUUUAUGCGUUUUGGACGCGCACAGAAGGAGAGACGUGACACCGAUAGAGACUUUAUGCGCUUCGGACGACCAGACAACUUCAUGCGAUUCGGAAGGGCAUCCGGCAUGCCGACGAUUUCGCCGAAUUUCAUACGCUUCGGCAAGCUUGAUCCGAACUUCAUGCGGUUUGGCAAGAAUUUAGAUCACCAAGCGCAGGAGAAUACGAGUACGAAACCGCCAUUGCCCAAAGAGGUGAUCAAAGAAGCUGCAAAAAUUUUGAACCAAGCUGAACGAUUCGGUGGAGAAGGUGAAAGCAACCCUAUGGAUAGGGCUAUCAAGGUGCUUUUCGGAAAGGAGGGAGGACACAAGCUGUCGUCCGCGCAGCGUGAAAGGGCGGCGCAAAGUAAUGAAGACACUUCCAACGACAACGACGAAGUGGAACCUGACUACGAGCUUAAUGUGUCGCAGUGAAGCAAAUGAUUUUGAGUGACUACUUCAACGCUCGAUUUGAUGACCAAUUGUAAAUAUUAAGCUACUCCUUAGGAACUGAACUAAUGAGAACUGGCAUAGGAAAAACGGACACAAACACACACACACAAUUGCAGACACAUUUUAGAUAGGGUUUCACGUAUAUAUGUACAUACAUACCCCAACUAAGUAUGUAUCCAUAGGCAGAA